UUGAUAGAAGCUUGUCUCUGGAAGACUGGAAAGGAAUAAAGAACAUAAUGACUACUUUGGAUGAUAAACUACUUGGUGAGAAGCUCCAGUAUUAUUACAGCAGUAGUGAGGGUGAGGACGAAGACAGUGAGAAAGAAGAUAAAGAAGGGGAGAGCACCAUUCCUGAAAGCAUUGGGGAAGUAGAGCUUAGCAGCGAUGGCAGUGCAGUCAACACAGGUCCCAAAGGAGUCAUUAAUGACUGGCGAAGAUUCAAACAACUGGAAACUGAACAGCGGCAGGAGCAGCGCAGAGAAAUGGAACGACUCAUUAAAAAGUUAUCUAUGACAUGUAGAUCUCACUUAGAUGAAGAGACUGAUAAGCAGAAGCAGAAAGAGCUUCAGGAAAAAAUCAAUGGAAAGAUGACAAUACAAGAAUAUAACAUGAUUCACAACGAUGAAGAUGAUGAGGAAUUUUUACAGCGAUACAGGAAGCAGCGAAUGGAGGAGAUGAGACAGCAGUUGUGCAGUGGGCAGCAGUUUAAACAGGUUUUUGAGAUCACCAGUGGCGAAGCGUUUUUGGACACAGUUGAUAAAGAGCAUAAGAGCACACUGAUCAUGAUCCAUAUUUAUGAAGAUGAUAUCCCUGGCACUGAAUCCCUGAACGGCUGUAUGAUCUGCCUGGCUGCUGAGUAUCCAACAGUUAAAUUUUGCAGAGUAAAGAGUUCGCUCAUUGGUGCUAGCACUCGCUUUACUAAUAAUGCUCUGCCAGCUUUGCUGAUCUAUAAGGCAGGUGAGCUCAUUGGCAAUUUUGUGCGAAUCACUGACCAGCUUGGAGAAGAUUUUUUUGCUGUAGACUUGGAGGCUUUUUUGCAGGAAUGUGGUUUGCUUCCAGAAAAAGACCUAGUGCUCCUGACUUCUAUACAUAAUCCAUCUGCAUGUUACAGCGAAGACAGUGAUCUGGAAAUAGACUGAACCACUUAUACCGAGGGGCCAGUAGGUGUAGUUGUACUGUGGAAUGUUCUUGUGCUAGGGAUUGUUCUCUUUCUUCCUUAGUGUGGGUAUGUAUUCUUCCCCUUCAUGCACUUUGACUUUUGCUCGUUAAAAAUAACAGAAGGAAUUCCUAACA